AUGGAUGACUUGCCACUGCACUUAAUACUCGAAAUCCUGUCCUCUGGUCGAUUGAGCGCAUUGGAUUUGGUGUGUUUAGAGCUGACUUCAAGGAAUUUUGGGGCAAAUCAUGGCUUAUUUCCUAAAAAGUUCCGAUCUUUAGUCGAUUUUGCAGCGUUUAGGCUUUGCGAGUCACACCCCAUUUACUCUUCCCUGCAAAUCAACCCUAAGAACGAGCUUUUUGAUCGCUGUAAUGGGAAUUGGAAGCGUGUGUUGAGGUUCUUGCAGUCCGUGGAACAGUCGUGUGACAUGGCUCAAACCUCUGCAGGCAAUAUGCAGAUUAAGAGUGGAAGAUACCAUACGUUGCUGAUCAGCGAUUCAGAUGUAUACUCUUGUGGUUCCAGUUUAUGUGGUGUUCUAGGUCAUGGUCCAGAAACAACACAAUGUGUAGCAUUUUCCCGGAUCAACUUUCCAUGUUCAACACCAGUGAUCCAAGUCUCGGCCUCCCACAAUCACGCUGCCUUUGUCACUCAGUCAGGAGAGGUUUUCACAUGUGGGGAUAAUUCAUCAUUUUGUUGUGGUCACAGAGAUACAGGCCGCCCCAUAUUCAGACCUAGGCUUGUUGAAGCAUUGAAGGGAAUUCCGUGCAAGCAGGUAGCUGCUGGACUGAGCUUUACUGUGUUCCUCACAAGACAAGGUCAUGUUUACACGUGUGGGAUCAAUACACAUGGUCAGCUUGGCCAUGGCGAUACCCUGGAUAGACCUGAGCCCAAAAACGUAGAACGACUUGAUAGUGUUGCUUCCGUAGUUCAAAUUGCUGCAGGCCCGAGUUAUGCCCUUUCCGUGGCUGAUGAUGGGACCCUCUUUUCUUUUGGGUCAGGCACCAAUUUCUGCCUUGGGCAUGGAGAACAGCACAACGAGCUUGUGCCUCGAGCAAUUCAGUCUUUCAAGAGGAAGGGUAUUCACGUGGUUCGUGUGUCAGCUGGUGAUGAACAUGCAGUGGCACUUGAUUCCAAUGGAUAUGUAUAUACCUGGGGCAAAGGUUAUUGUGGCGCAUUGGGCCAUGGGGAUGAGAUUGACAAAACAACUCCAGAACUACUUAGCAGCCUUCCGAGCUGCCUUGCUGUGCAGGUAUGUGCCAGUAAGAGGAAAACUUUUGUUUUGGUAGACGAUGGAUCGGUUUAUGGAUUUGGGUGGAUGGGUUUUGGUAGCCUUGGAUUUCCAGACAGGGGAGUAUCUGAUAAAAUAGUAAAACCUCGAGUCCUUGAUAGCUUGAGACCCUACCACAUUUCCCAAAUUAGCACAGGAUUGUACCAUACUGUCGUGGGGGACGGGGGGUGGGGGGUGGAAAUAAUAUCUUGCCCACAGAAAAAUGGGAAGCACAUUGGAUUGUCACUGGUGAAUCAUAUCAAUGUCAGGUUGUCAGUGGGAGAAUCCUUAUCCAAUGUCAUAAAUCAUCAUGUCGAUCCAAAGCUCUUAGUCAAUAAAGACAACUGCUACCAUCCCUCCACCCCUUACAGCCUAUAUAAAUUCUGUUUCGCACUUGCAGAAAAAAAAUACAUUGCUCAGAACUCAAAAAUAUCCUCUCUCUCUGUAAGAUCAAGAGAAAUUCAGUUUCUCUCUCUAGAAGAAAAGAUGUUGGCCAUAUUUCACAAGGCGUUUGCUCAUCCACCUGAAGAGCUAAACAGCCCUGCGUCUCACAGAAGUUCAAAGAAGCCUAAAUUACCAGAUGAAACUCUUCAAGAAUUCAUUUCUUCUCACCCUACUAACACUUCCUCUAUGAGUUUUGGGGAUGCUGCUGUUCUUGCUUAUGUACAACCUGAUCACCACUCUCUUUUUCAUCAGAACCAGAGGUUGUUUUGUGGGUAUGAUGAUAUAUAUUGCCUUUUCAUGGGGAGUUUGAACAAUUUAUGUGCUCAGAUUAAGCAGUAUGGAUUAGCAAGAACUGCAAAUGAGGCCAUGCUUGUGAUUGAAGCUUAUAGAACACUUAGGGACCGUUGUCCUUACCCCGCUGAUCAGGUUAUUAAGGAUCUUGAUGGGAGCUUUGCCUUUGUUGUCUAUGAUAGCAAAGUUGGAACCGUUUUUACAGCACUGGGUUCUGAUGGUGGAGUUAAGUUGUACUGGGGCAUAGCUGCAGAUGGUUCUGUGGUGAUUUCUGAUGAUAUAGAGGUGAUUAAAGCAAGCUGUGCUAAAUCAUUUGCACCAUUCCCAGCAGGGUGCAUAUUUCACAGUGAGGGAGGAUUAAUGAGUUUUGAGCACCCAAUGAAUAAGUUAAGGGCAAUGCCAAGGGUGGACAGUGAAGGGGUGAUGUGUGGGGCUAAUUUCAAAAUUGAUCAUCUUGCAAGGGUUGAUAGCAUUCCUCGAGUUGGAAGUGCAGCCAAUUGGGCAGAAUGGAAUUUUCAUGAACCCUAA